GAAGUGGUAGGUGGAAUGUAGUUUUUAAUUUCAUGGCCAAACUCUAAAAGCCAGGUGUCUCCUACAGAAAUGGAGGCUACAGUUGCACUAAGAACAUCUGGACCUCCCGUUGGUUGCACCAUUCCAGGAUAUAACACGCUAAACGUGUGGGACUCGGAUUUCACAGAAAGUGGAUACCCUCAAGAUGGGAGGAAGAGAGCUACAAAAAAUGGUGUCCUUGAUGGAAAAUCCAUGCAGAUUCCAGUGAUCACAUCAAGAUCACAGAGGCUUUCCAGUAAAGAACUGCCAGAUUCUUCAUCUCCUGUUCCAACAAAUAGCAUUCGUAUUAUUAAAAGAUCCAUCAAACUUACCCUUAAUGGCUGGUUGCUGGGUGUCUGCCUUGAGCAUGGGUCCCUCAUCUCAGUCUCUUCCAAGAGGAGCAGCUCUGCAUUGAAAUUGUGUCUGGUCAGUAACUUUGAGCAAGAAGUUCCCUUGCAGGAGUUAACAUCUGUGGUUUUACUCGUUAGCAAUUACCUCAUCGCACUUCUUAUAAAGAGUGUGAUCCUGUGCAUUAUUCCAGUAAGUGAAGAGCCGUGCUCGGAGCCUGCAGGCGAAGGGCUCAUCCCCAGCCCAGCCCAGCCGGCUGCUGCCUUCUCGCUCGCUCACUCCCCGCACGUUCCGCGGGCUGCCUGCGGGGGCUGCCACCCGCUGUGUCCUUUCCCGGGCUCGCAGCGGAGCCGUGCCCGGCCCACGCCCGGCCGCUUUCCUGCCCCGGAGGCGGGCGGGCUCCAGGGCUGCGUGUGCUGUGACAGUGCCGCGUGUGGCCACCGCGGAGCGUCACUGCCGCCCUGGGCUGCUGCCACCCGCCCGCGGGGACACCGCAGCCCCCUGCUCUGCCUGCCUGCCUUGUCCUGA